UUGCACUUACUAAUAAAACUUCAAAGUAAUUUUUGAUGUCAAAUUUUUUAACUCAAAAAUUAGGAAGUGCAUCAUUUAGAGUUUGAAUUGUCAAAAUGGCUCAGAAUCAUGAUGGAAGUGAUAAAGUGACAAUAAAAAUGAAGAUAUUGGGUGAUGCCACUUAUGACAUUGUAAUUGAUUGGCUUGAUGACGAUUGUCACCCUGAUGUUCAAGUAAAGAGACAGUUGGCAUCAAUCACACAAACACCAUUUGUAUACAUAAGAUCGGUUCUUUUCUUCCUCGAUGAGUUGGAUCUAAGAGCCAGUACUCGUCCUGAUUGGACAAGGAAAUCUUCAUUCAUGAAUCGAUUUAUUGGACAGCAAUACGUACUGAAGUUUAGAUUCCAUAUUGGAACAAAUAAUGACAGUUUGUAUGGUCGUUUGUUGUACCAACCUGAUUAUUUUAUUCGUUAUGAGCUUGUAGCUGAACACCUAGUUGAUGAAAAUGAAUGUACCAUCAACUUUUGUCCAUUCAUUUACAAUAUUUCCAAUUUAAAGCAAAGUGCAAAAUUGGCAAAUAAUAAUGAAUUGAAAGCAAAAUUGGUCCAGGAAUGGAUUGGUUUUAGAAUAAAUCAGAAUUUUGGUAGACAUAUUAUCCUUUCGACUUUAAGACGACAUAAUGUGCUAAAUAUUUUAUACAAAUUAACUUGCAAAUUGGAACAAGAUCACUUAAUUCAUGGAGGGCCUUAUUUGCGAACUAAUGGGUAGUUCAGAUUGUAAAUGAAAAAUCAUUUGAAUGAAUGAUAUUGAUAAAGAAAUUAAUAAAUGGUGGAAACUCAAUAAAGUAACUUUUUCUGCGUCAA